CGCCCGAGCAGCCGCGUCGCAGCGGAACUGCUGAGAUUCAGGCCCAGGGUGCGCGCUCAGACGCGGCGCGAGCGCCAGGCAAGCGGCGGCUGCUACCUCCCACGCCUCUCCAGGUGCACUCGGCGCCGCCCCCCUGCACCUGGCCGCGGUGCCGAGUCACUCAGGCCUGUGUCAGGGAGAGAGGGAGGGAGCUGCCCUGGCAAGCAGACACGUAAGCCCCCUGCGGAUCCUCAGAUAGCUCUGGAGAGGGGUCCCGGGGGAAGGUCACUGCGUCCAGCCAGCCAGCAGGCAGCUAGAGCCCCCGAGCCCCAAGCCCCACUCCAGCCUUGCCACAUUCACCGGAACCGGGACUCUAAGCCCUGCAGGUGGCUUUCCAGGGUUGCACUGACACCGUGCGCUGCAGCCCACCCCUAUCUCGGGCUCCCUGCUGCCCCAAGAUCAGCGCCAAGGGGGCGGCACCAUGGCCAUGAGCCUUUUGCAGGACUGGUGCCGGAGCCUGGACGUGGACGCGCACAGGGCCCUGCUGGUCACCGGCAUCCCGGAGGGCCUGGAGCAGGCGGACGUCAAAGCCGUCCUGCAGCCGACCCUCCUGCCCCUGGGCACGUUCAGGUUGCGACACAUGAAGGGCUUGAUGAACGAGAAGGCCCAGGCUGCCCUGGUGGAGUUUGUGGAGGACGUCAAUCACGCUGCCAUUCCCAGGGAGAUCCCAGGCAAGGAUGGGGUCUGGAGGGUUCUGUGGAAGGACCGUGCGCAGGACACGAGGGUCCUGAGGCAGAUGAGACGCCUGCUGCUGGAUGACGGGCCCACGCAGGCCGCGGAGGCUGGGACCCCCAGGGAGGCGCCCACCCCUCCCGCUUCGGGGACCCAGGCCCAGGAUUCUGGGGAGGUGACAGGGCAGGCUGGCUCUCUUCUUGGGGCAGCCAGGAACACAAGGAGGGGCCGUCGGGGUCGCAGAAACAGAACCAGACGCAACAGGUUGACCCAGAAGGGCAAGAAGAGAAGCCGAGGAGGGCGGCCGUCUGCUUCCGCGAGGAGUGAGGCCGAGGACUCUUCCGACGAGAGCCUGGGCAUCGUAAUCGAGGAGAUCGACCAGGGCGACCUGAGCGGAGAAGAGGACCAGAGCGCGCUGUACGCCACUCUCCAGGCCGCUGCCAGGGAGCUGGUUAGGCAGUGGGCGCCCUGCAACUCCGAGGGGGAAGAAGACGGUCCCCGCGAGUUCUUGGCUCUGGUCACUGUCACCGACAAAGCGAAGAAAGAAGAGGCAGAGAAGGAGCCGGCUGGGGCCGAAUCCAUCCGCUUGAACACCAAAGAAGACAAAAAUGGCGUCCCCGACUUAGUGGCCCUGCUGGCUGUGAGAGACGCCCCGGACGAGGAGCCGGUGGACAGCGACGCUUCGGAGAGCGACUCGCAGGAAAGUGGGGACCAAGAAACAGAGGAGUUGGAUAAUCCUGAGUUCGUGGCCAUUGUGGCCUAUACCGACCCGUCGGACCCCUGGGCCCGGGAGGAGAUGUUGAAAAUCGCUUCUGUUAUCGAGUCUCUGGGCUGGAGCGACGAGAAAGACAAGCGAGACGCCCUCCGACAGGUCUUGUCCGUCAUGUCCAAGGACACUAACGGGACCCGCGUGAAGCUGGAGGAGGCGGGCCGCGAGGUGGACGCCGUUGUCCUGAGCAAGGCCGGGGACGACGGGGACCUCCGAGAGUGCAUUUCCACCUUGGCGCAGCCAGAUCUCCCUCCCCAGGCGAAGAAGGCUGGGCGCGGCCUCUUCGGGGGCUGGAGCGAACACGGUGAGGACGAAGGGGGUCUUCUGGAGCUGGUGGCCCUCCUGGCUGCCCAGGACAUGGCGGAGGUGAUGAAGGAGGAAAAAGAAAACGCCUGGGAAGGCGGGAAGUACAAAUACCCCAAAGGCAAACUGGGGGAGGUAUUGGCGCUCCUGGCCGCCCGGGAGAACAUGGGGUCCAACGAGGGGUCGGAGGAGGCUUCGGACGAACAGUCCGAGGAGGAGUCGGAGGACACCGAGAGCGAGGCGUCGGAGCCGGAGGACAGGGCAUCCAGGAAGCCCCGGGCCAAGAGGGCGCGCACGGCCCCUAGGGGCGUGACUCCGGCCGGCGCGCCCCCCACCGCGUCCGGGGCCCGCAAAACCCGCGCGGGCGGCCGAGGCCGAGGCCGGGGCGUCACUCCUGAGAAGAAAGCCGGGAGCAGGGGCUCGGCCCAGGACGACGCCGCGGGAAGCAGGAAGAAGAAGGGGAGCGCGGGCGCUGGGGCCCACGCCAGGGCAGGCGAGGCCAAGGGCCAGGCGUCCACUGGAUCCAAGGCCGCGCGCGGGAAGAAGGCCCGUCGGGGCCGGAGGCUGCCCCCUAAAUGCCGCUAGUGGCCCCCCAAGAAACUGCCCAGGCUGCGAGCAGGUCCCGCAGGGCGCCCGCCCGCGUGUGGCCCCCGCCCUCCCCUCCCCUCUUCCUGUCCUCCGCAGACGCAAUCUCCUCGCUUCACAGCGCGCCCGGGCCGCGUUUUGCCAGCGGUACGUUCCCCUCUCCGGCCCUCGCAGGCCGGGGGCGCCAGCGAUCCCGACGGAGGAAGUCCGGAUGGGAAGAGGAAAGAGAAAUGGGCGCCCGAGGCAGCAGCGCGGGGCCGAGAUGGGGACGCGCCAAGUGGACCAGGACUGGGGACCCGGGUCGCCCCCGGAGGGGGUGUGUGUGGACGCCGGGCACCUGCAGAGGCGAGCAGGGCUCUUCGUGGCGCUCUCGGGGCCUGUGCCUGGCAGGUGCUGUAGGCCGCUGUCGCCCCUACCCCAGUCUGACUGGGCCCUGGGUCUGUGGUGGAGGCUGUCACCAGCCGCGCAGCGUCUGUCAGGGCGCAACUCUCAGCCAGGGGAGGCCCCAGCUCCCAGCCAGGGGAAGAGAUGAUUCCAGAAAGGAAAGUCUGAGAGAUAGAAGGCGGUUGGGAAGGGGAGGAGGAGGAAAGGGGAGAGGAACGGUGGGAGAAGGGAAAGAGGAGGAGGAGGGGGAGAGGGGGAGCAGAGGGAAGACACAUGCCAGCCCUGCCUACUGGGCGCCCCUGAUACAAAGGAACCAGCCCCAGGCCAAGGCCACCUGUCCCUGACCACAAGUUGAAU